AUGUCCCAAGAGAAUAGGAAAGUGUCACAUAAUGUGAGUUCGAGUACGGAACUCUUAAAACAUACAAAUAAUAUUUCGCCGUCAAAAUUAUUACCAAUAAUGACUUAUCGAAAAAACAGGGAACAUUCAUUUUCAUCCCACAAUAAUAAUUAUACUACUACUACCACCACCACUACUACUACUGUUGAUAAUGUGAAGUCAUCAGUGACAGAAACACCCAAACCAAAAAAAAGACUAUUUGUUGAAAAUAAUGAUAAUGAUAAUGAUAAUGAUAAUGAUGAUGAGGAUGAGAAUAUCGAUACAGCAACGUCAAGUGCAAAACGUAUUAAUAGACUUCCACCAGAAUAUCAUUAUCCAGAGGAACAAAAUAAAUUAUUAUCAUUAUUAAAAUCAAGAAUGAAAAUUUCGAAAUCCUCAUCACCAAAACAAUCGAUACAAAAUGAAUUUAACCUUGAAAAACCAAAUACCAUUAUAGAAUCAAAGAAUAAAUCACCUAAUUCUCUGGUGCCCAAUGAGGUGAUAAAUUCACAAUCAGUUCUAAAUAAAUCAAAAGCAACCAACAUAUCAAUUUUUAAAAGUACAAGUAAUAAUAACCCAAAUACUGGGAACAGUGGUCGACAAAUAAAUAAAGAGACAUUUCUUAGUUCAAUGAGAUCCUUCAUCGAUAGAAAGUAUCACAAUCAAGAUGUUGAUAGUCCUACAAAUAAUCAUACAGCAAAUUCUACACAUAAUAAUAGCAACCAAGAAAACAGAACAGAUCUUUCACUAAGUCAGUCAAAAGUUAAACCAAUCCAUAACGAAAUAUCGACUCCCGUAUCGAGUAAUUCUACUCCCGUCAUAUCACAACAUAAGGAUGAUAAAUCGCCAUUGCCAGUUAAAAAGGAUAGCAUGGGGGACGAACCUGCAAACAACAAAGAACAUAGUAGUAUAGGAAUAUUAUCUCAGAAACCAAUUAUAAUAGAUCUUGAAAAUGAUACAUCAUCUGACAAGGAUGAUGUAAAUGUCGAAAAGGCUAAACAUAAUCAUGAUCUCACCCAAUCAAAACAGUCACGUCCAAGCAUACCUGAAGAAAACCAAAUACAUAGUAUCGUGACGAAGAAAUUAAAAGAAUUGGUACGUAUCCAACAGAAUACUGAUCCAGAGCCGGAAUCCUAUUUAGGUUUAGCAGGGCCUUCAACUGAUUUUUCGUCAACUAUUAAUGAAGCUGAUAAAGCAGAUAAUGCAUCAGAAGAAGAAAACACACACACAAAUAACGAAAUACCGUCAACAAAAAACAUUGAUGUAGUCCAUUCACAAAGUUCUCCUAAUUCUGUUCGCAGAAGUUCGCCAAAUAAUACAACUUAUUGUAGUCUUAAACAGACAAUAAAUGAGGCCCAGAAAGCGUUAACAACAAAUAAAACUGAUGCCACUACCUCAAUCGAAUAUGAUGCAUCACAAAAUGAGACGAAUAUAACUGAUAAGACGCUAUCGAACAAUGUUGACCCCUCUAUUUUUAAUACACAACAGGUGAAAAACACUCUAUUGUCUACAAAAAGGAUAAAUCCCAUACAACCUUUUCAAAAGUCCUCUUCUGACGAAACUGUCGAUUUUCCAGACGUUAAAAGGCAGAAAAUUACAGAAAAUUCGAAGAGUAUUAUCCAAGAUACGGAUGCGCCUAAGGUAGUUUCAAACAAUUCAAAUACUGGGCGGUCUAUACCACUUAUAACCAGAAAUACUGUUUAUAUCGCGUCUCGCUCAAGUCCUCCACCAUUACCCGAUCCGAAACAGAGGUCACCAACAAAUCCUAGGAUCUUACCGACUGCUUCAUCUAUACAACCAGAUCAGGCUUCUAAUACAGAGAAAUCAUCGUCGCCUGAUAUGGAAAAUAUUGUAAAACAAGAAGAAUUUAGUGGAAGUUUAAAAGAUGGAAUUGUUCAGAAUGAUUUUGGUCCAUUUCGUACUAGGCUUAGUACGUCAAAGGCACUGAAUAAAACGCCGUCACACCACUCUGCAACACUUGAGGUUAUAUACAUCUCUGACUCAGAUUCUGAAGAACAAGUUGAAGAAAAAUCCUCAACCAGCGAAGUAAUUGAAGACAGUGAUUUGGAUGGUGACGCUACAUCCCUGAGCAAGAAUAACGAAAAGGUUAAACCCCAAGAGGUAGUUGAGACGAAUACCGUAUAUAUCAGUGCGGACAUACCAAAUGAGGAAAUUGGAGGGGAACGGAAGAGAUAUGAUAGCAGACUUAAUAGGAGAGCAAUGAGGACCUUAAAUGCCUUUAAAUCGCACCAUAGAAAUGAUAUGAUUCAAUUAAUCGAAAGUGGGGUUAUUGCACACACCUCUUUAGUAUCAAAUAGCUUAGUGAGUAGCACAAAUAAUGUUUGUCAGUCGAAAAACUUUGAGACAAGUCCUGCCCUAGACUAUCAACAACUCCACAAGAGAGAUCGUUUAAGAGAAAUUCCUCUUGCAAGGGUACUUGAUCCAGCUUUUAUAAACCGUGGGGCAAACUUGACUAUUGUUGAUGAAAGUCCUGGUAAAAUGGAGAAGAGAAUAACUGAUGGAAUCAGUUAUAAAUCUUCUAAGACUGUUACAAAGGAAAGCGAAAAUAAAAAUAGUGAAAUACCUGCUUCCUUGGACUAUAAAGUUUUUCCAAAGGAAUGCAACGAAAAUAAUGCAACAGGAGAGGACAAGACUCCAAAAUCACCGAAAAAUUCGAAUGCUAUAAACAAUAAACAACUGAAGGAAUCACCAAUGCCAACAUCUGAGAAAGAUAAGGGCCCAAACUCCUCCUCAAGAGAACUGUGGCGGAAAGAUUGGAUAGAUAAUCUUAAAUUAUGUUACAUAUACCCAUAUGAAGCAUACCCAUCUAACAAACUUCCAGAGGAAGAUAAGAAAAGUUUAGACCACUCCUUUAGAUUGAUUAAAAGAAUUCUUAAAGAAAAGUAUAAUGUACCCCUUCUUACCAGUUUUGAUCCAAAAGCACAUAUUGUUAUUUUAAAGGGGGAUAUCUCUGACUUCAAAGGUAACAAAGGAUUCGAAGUAAUACAGAACACAGUGCAAACAGGUACGAAUGAUAAAAAAGUUAGAGUUUGGUCUCUAAAUAAGGUUACGAAAUUUUUGGAAAAUAUGGAAUUGAUACCUGGAACUGAACACCCAAAGAAACCAGAAGCUGACAGUCACCAACCGUUGCUAGGGAAUAACGAAACGGACAAUUCUCAGAUUACUCAAGUUCCUAAUUCUCAGAAGAGUAUAGAUAAUACCAAAACUGAGAAAGAGGACCAGGCUGAGCCUACCAGGGACAAUAAGUCUUCUAAAGACAACAAGGAUAGCGACAAUGGGAAUAAAUCGAAGGAAGAUACACAUAUAGAUGUAGCGGACAAAGAAUCUUCACGCAUUGAGAAUACUAGCUGCAGAAUAGGAAACGCUGAAGUAGAACAGUCUACUGUAAACAUUGAGUAUAAGACUAACACUUCAUUACAUCCAAAUUCUAUCAUAAAAGAUGGAACUCCAAAUUUACCAAAGAAUAAUAUUAUUAGUUCCCAACCUGACACUAACAAUGCAACAAUUGCUGUUGACAUGUACGAAGAACAAGAAAAUGGGUUAAUGAUUACAAAGAUGAUGUCAAACCUUGAAGAGUUACUAAAGAAAGUAACGUUAGAACUUCAAAAGGAACGAGAGGAGAAUACAAAAACACAGGCUUGUCUUUUUGAGUUGACGAAUAAAUUAUUGAAGCAUGAGAUGACAAAUUCUAGCUUACAUGCAUGUUUUAAUUUAGAGAAAAAAGAGAAAGAACUUGUCGAGAAAGAAAGAGACUACUUAAAGGAAACUAUUAAGAAGAUGAAAGAUGAAUCUCAGCUCUUCAAGGAUAUCGCCGACAAAAGGCUAAAUGACUCUAAAAAACCUGAUAGCCAAACCAAGCAACAGAAGACUAAAUAG